CAGGUAACUUGGUCAUAAUGGAGGGAUCAGUGAUGUAUUCAGCAGGUGCUGAAGAAGGGACAGAUUUGAAUGAACUCAUCCCAGAUUUACCCGAGGGCCCGCUUAGCCAGUACCGGGCCAGAGCAUCAUUUAACUGGAAGAAGAUGAAGGCACACAUUGAUCCUCCAGAAGUAAUUGCUUUUAUGAAUUGUGUGUAUAACUUCCUCGAGACUGAUCCCGUGUUCCAGCAUGUGGAUGGAGACAUGACGUUGGAGGAAGAGCGACUUAUAACAUUCCGUCGUGUCAAGAAAAUGCUGAGUACAAAAUUCACAGAUGAUGCACAGUUUCUUACUGAUUUUAGAAGGGUACCAGCUGUGUCCAGUGUGAUUGUUGGAUACGACUUUUCCUUCUCAGCCAGAAUGGUGCUGUUGAAAGGCUUCAUAAUUUCUGGCAUCAUUGGACUUGGGACCAAGCGCCAUUACAAAUUUGUUGAUGCACUCAGCAACUUUGAGGAAGCUGCUCAUGGUGCUGUUUUAGGCAGUUAUGACUGGUCGUUGGCAACAAAAAAGUUCCUCGGCCAUGAUUUUUUUAUUUGGGGAAUUCUUGGUCAAGGUUCAGCAUGUCACAUGAAAUAUGUAGAAGCCAUGCAGAAUCAGGAGGUAUGA